CUUUUAUUCAGUUUUACUUUAGCACUCUAGCAUCAACAUGAAGUUUUUGGUUCUUGCUGUCUGUAUUGCCUCAACGACUGCCCAAGGGUUCUAUGGUCUCCAGACUCAUCCCAAUGGUGCUGUAACUCCUCUUGAUGAGCCUCGUGUUGCUGCUGCCAAAGCUGAGCAUCUUGCCACCAAGUAUGGAGUUUACGCUGAUGAAGGAUAUGCAGCACACCCCCAUAGUUACCCAGCAGUGAAUACAGCCUAUGCCAGCACAGUUGUUCCUACCAUUGCCUACAAUAGCUACAACGGACCCAUCCAUAUCCCCACCCUUGUUGCUCAUCCCAAUGGUGCUGUCACCCCUGCUGAUGAACCUGCUGUUCAAGCUGCACGUGCUGACCAUCUGGCUGCUUAUGGAGGAGUUUACGGAGGAGUCUAUGGAGCAUCUGCUGGGGUCUAUGCUGCUCCCUAUGGAUAUGAGCAGAGUUUCUAUGGUCUGGUAGCUCACCCAAAUGGAGCUGUUGUUCCCGUUGAUGAGCCUGCAGUCCAAGCUGCCCGUGCUGAACACCUUAAUGCCAAGGGAGUUUAUGGAGGAGUUUAUGGAGCAUCUGCUGGGGUCUAUGCUGCUCCCUAUGAAUAUGAGCAGAGCUUCUAUGGUCUGGUAGCUCACCCCAAUGGAGCUGUUGUUCCCGUUGAUGAGCCAGCAGUACAAGCUGCUCGUGCUGAACAUCUCAAUGCCAAGGCUGCCUAUGGCCACUAAGCAAGAACCAAUUAGUCUGUUACCACUAUAUAUAUAUUAUUAUAUAAUGCUAGUCUGAGUUAAGCAAAACAAAACUGUGCAACUGCAAUAGUCAAUAAAGAAAAUUUAAGAUAUA